AUGGAGGACAACACAGCAACGCUCCACCUGGACAUGGAUCACCUGCUGCUGAUGAUGCUGCUUGUGCUGUGCAGUUCAGGACUCCAGGCUGAAGGAGAACUCACCUCAACAGAGACUGUCAGGUUAGUGGGGGGGGGCAGUCGCUGUGCAGGGACACUGGUGCUUAAACAGGGAGAAUGGAGACCAGUGAGUUACAUUAAAGAAGAUUAUUACCCUGACUGGACCCUGAGGAAAGCAGCUGCUGUCUGCAGAGAGUUGGACUGUGGCUCGGCGGGUUCUGUAGAAGGGAGAAAAGAGUCCUCAGGCAGAUCUGUGUGGAGGAUCAGGUCUGACUGUGUUGAGUCUGGAUAUCCUCUGAGGGAGUGUGCAGCAUCAUUUUCCUCUUCCUCCAUCCUCUAUAUCACCUGCUCAGACUCUGUCAGGCUGGUGAAUGGGACCAGUCUGUGCUCAGGCAGACUGGAGGUGAAGACUAACCAGUCUACCCAGACCUGGUCCUCAGUGUGUCAACAGGACUUUGACCAGCAGAAUGUAGAGGUGGUCUGCAGGGAGCUUGGCUGUGGGGCUCCUUCAGUCCUGCAGGGGGCGCUCUAUGGAGACGUGGAGCCUCCAAUGAGGACCAAAGAGUUCCAGUGUGGAGGCCAUGAGUCUGCUCUCCUGGACUGUAGAAGCUCAGACUCAGAUAGAAACACCUGCUCACCUGAAAAAGCUUUUGGACUCACCUGCUCAGAGCCUGUCAGGUUGGUGGGGGGAGCCAGUCGCUGUGCAGGAUCACUGGAGGUGAAACAUCGUAGAGAAUGGAGACCUGUGGGUGGCGAUUAUCAUUGGCCCCUGAAGCCGGCAGCUAAGAUAGCAGCUGCGGCCUGCAGAGAGUCGGACUGUGGCUCUGCUGUUUCUGUAAGAGAGAGAGAAGAGUCCUCAGGUAGAUCUGUGUGGUGGAUCGGGGCGGAUUGUGUUGAGUCUGGAUCUUCUCUGAGGGAGUGUGCAGAACCAAUAUACUCUGCUUACACCUUGGAUCUCACCUGCUCAGACCUGCUGCUUCAGCCCAACAUCUCUGUGUCCUCCUCCAUGGACGGGGUCUCCGAGGCCCAGCAGCAGGGGUUCCAGGUGUUCAGGGGCUCCAACUUCACCAUCAGCUGCUCCAUCCAGCCACAGUACCCAGGAGGCUCCUUCCAGCUCAGCUUCACCUCCUCCGACUCAGCACACAACACCCCCCAGCCAGCUGUCAAUCACUCUGCCCACUUCCUGUUUCCUGCUGCAGAGCCCGCCCACCAAGGAAACUACAGCUGUGUUUAUCAGCUCUGUGUUUUCUCUCAUGACUUCUCCUCUGAGAGCCGUGUGCUCUCUCUCAGCGUCACAGACCUGCUGCUUCAGCCCAACAUCUCUGUGUCCUCCUCCAUGGACGGGGUCUCCGAGGCCCCGCAGCAGGGGUUCCAGGUGUUCAGGGGCUCCAACUUCACCAUCGGCUGCUCCAUCCAGCCACAGUACCCAGGAGGCUCCUUCCAGCUCAGCUUCACCUCCUCCGACUCAGCACACAACACCACCCAGCCAGCUGUCAAUCACUCUGCACACUUCCUGUUUCCUGCUGCAGAGCCCGCCCACCAAGGAAACUACAGCUGUGUCUAUCAGCUCUGUGUUUUCUCUCAUGACUUCUCCUCUGAGAGCCGUGUGCUCUCUCUCAGCGUCACAGACCUGCUGCUUCAGCCCAACAUCUCUGUGUCCUCCUCCACGGACGGGGUCUCCGAGGCCCAGCAGCAGGGGUUCCAGGUGUUCAGGGGCUCCAACUUCACCAUCAGCUGCUCCAUCCAGCCACAGUACCCAGGAGGCUCCUUCCAGCUCAGCUUCACCUCCUCCGACUCAGCACACAACACCCCCCAGCCAGCUGUCAAUCACUCUGCCCACUUCCUGUUUCCUGCUGCAGAGCCCGCCCACCAAGGAAACUACAGCUGUGUCUAUCAGCUCUUUGUUUUCUCUCAUGACUUCUCCUCUGAGAGCCGUGUGCUCUCUCUCAGCGUCACAGGUAAGCUGACUGUUUACAGGUUUGGAGAAGAUGAUUGGUCCAAACUGAUUGACAAUGAUCAGCUGAGCUCAUGAUUCUGAUGCUGUGAUGUCGUCGUGUUGCACAUGUCAUAUAGUAACCAAACGUAUACAAAGUAUAUGAAUGGCAACAGCUAACAGACUCGAGGGCAGAGCAUGUUAGGUUACCAGAAUAACUCUGGUUCUCUGAGGGAGAUAUGGUCCACCCCCAAAGUGCAGGAGGACCAACACCCCACAAAAGAGAUAUGUGUUCAUGUUGAAGUGAUUCAGGUCCGUUUGGGUUUAACGGGAGAUGUUGGACUAACGAUGUUGUGUGAUGUGAUGACUGUCCAUGUGUUCCAUCAGAUCCACCAGGUCCCUCAGAUCCACCAGGUCCAUCAAGAUCUACUCGAAGGCCUUUAAUCCUGGGAGUGGUUGUCUUCUCUCUGACCCUGCUGAUGGUGAUCACGGCUCUUUACUUCUACUGUAAGGUACGGACACACACCUGUUGUUCAGACCAGUGUUUC